CAUUUUUCCUCCCAUGUUUCCCGACUCACAUGUGUCCAACAUUAAUCGAUAAUAUGAUUAGCUGUUAGCUGAUUUUUUUUUACAAAUCAAGAUCAGCAUCUAUAGGGUUUAUUUAUUUAAACAGAGUAAUUUGAUUGAAAUGGACAUCAAACAUUAAAAACAGAGUUCCACUAAUAAUAACAACAUGGAAGCAAUAAGAAUAGGUUUUGGUCUCCCUAACGUUCACAGCGUCCCUCUUUGUCUCACUACCACUCGCUGUCUCUUUCCUCGCCAACGUUUGCUUCACAGCCACACUCCUUCUUGGAAACCCGCAAAACAACAAGACUUUUUUGUUGCAAGUUCUUCUAAGAAGAGUAGUGAUGAUCUUGAGAGUAGUCUUCCAACGCCGCACUUUUCUCCUUCUCUUUGGGGAGAUCACUUCCUCUCUGUUUCCCUCAACCGCGCUGUGGAGUUUGAUGAGCUAGAAAGAGAGAUUGAAACUACGAAGCCGCUGGCGAGAGACAAGCUCAUGUCUUCUGAAAGCAGCGACAAGGAGAAGAUUCGCCUCAUCCAUUUGCUUGUCAGCAUGGGGAUCUCUUAUCAUUUUGAUAAGGAGAUUCAAGACAUCCUUAAACACAGUUUCACAAAGUUAGAUGACAUUAUAGUUGGAGAAGAUGAUUUGGAAACAAUCUCCAUCAUGUUUGAGGUCUUUAAGCUAUACGGUCAUAAGAUGUCUUGUGAUGCCUUUGAUAGAUUCAGAGGUAAUGAUGGGAGGUUCAAGGAGAGUCUAGUCAGAGAUUUUAGAGGAAUGCUACAGUUGUUCGAAGUUGCGCAUCUCGGAACACCCUGUGAAGUUAUAAUGGACGAAGCACUGAGUUUCACGCGGAAUCACUUGGAGUCUUUGACAAGUGGUAACGCAUCCACUGCUAGUCCCCAUCUCUUGAAGCAUAUACAAAACUCAUUAUACAUACCUCGAUACUGUAACAUAGAAGUACUAGUGGCAAGAGAAUAUAUAUCUUACUACGAACAAGAAGAAGGUCACGACGAGAUCCUGCUCAAGUUUGCGAAGCUUAACUUCAACUUUUGCCAGUUUCAUUACGUCCAAGAACUCAAAACGCUCACCAAAUGGUGGAGGGACUUAGAUCUUGCAUCUAAACUACCUUACAUUAGGGAUAGACUUGUAGAGAGCCAUCUCGUGGCUCUGGGACCGUACUUCGAGCCACACUAUUCUCUUGGAAGGAUCAUAGUGGCUAAAAUCAACAUGAUCAUGGUUGUUGUGGAUGAUACAUAUGACGCAUAUGCAACCCUUCCCCAAGUUAAAGCUCUUACGGAAUGUUUGCAGAGGUGGAGUAUUGAGGUCAGUGAUAAACUACCAGACUAUUUACGAAUCGUCCUCGGAAGUUUGUUUGAUGUCAUGGGAGAGAUUGAACGAGAAAUGAGACCGUUAGGAAGAUUGUACCGUGUGAAACAAGUGGUAGAGAAGAUCAAGAUCAUUACAAAAGCGUACCAAGAGAUAGCAAAGUGGGCACGGACGGGUCAUGUAUCAACCUUUGACGAGUACAUGAAGGUUGGGGUAUUGACAGCCGGGAUGGCUGAUUAUGCAGCUUAUUGCUUUAUAGGAAUGGAAGAUAUCAACGAGAAGGAAGCUUUUGAGUGGCUCAAUUCUAAUCCCUUAAUCAUCAAACAUCUGACUGCAAUGUUCCGUCUAGCAAAUGACGUAGGAACCUACGAGGUACACUGCAUAUCAAAGGGAUCUCUUGGUUCUUUUCUUUCUAUUUCCCACUUCUUUUAGUCCUUCAUGAAGAAAUGAUAUUUUUGUAGACUGAGAUAAACAGAGGAGAGGUGGCUAAUGGGCUCAACUGUUACAUGAAACAAUAUGGAGUUACCAAGGAGGAAGCAUCCCGAGAGUUGCGUAAAAUGUACGUAUACCGCAAAAAAGUGGUUGUGGAGGAGUUCAUGAACUCACAUGAUCAUGUGCCGCGUCAAGUUCUUCUGCGAUGCCUCAACAUUGCACGUAUCUUCGAUGUGUUCUACACGGAAGGUGAUGGAUACAGUGAACCCAAGGGCAAAAUCGAACACUUUAUGACAUCCUUGUACCUCCACCCUAUACCCCUUUCAUAAUGACGUGGAACACACACCAAUCUAGGUCUAUUCGGGGAUGCUUUGAAAUUAAAAAACAAAACAAAAGUAGUCCUUUGUUCUCUGUUUGUUCACUGUUACUCUAAGGCAUGACUACUGUCACUCUGGUAUCUGUCUAAACUCUUAAGAACUUUGAACACAACCAAACUAAUUUAACUAAACAUCGAGAAGUAAAAAGAGAUGGUACCUUGAGUUUUCUAUCUGUAAUUUCAUGGAGCCUCCAAAGUGCUUGUCCAUGACCAUGAUCUCAGAUUACUCUGCAUUGUUAAGUUUCAGAACAUCAAUAGCUCUUUUUAUAGUAGCAUUAUAAGCACUCAAUAGGCUAACAAAUUAACU